GAAGAUAACAGCCAGAUGACAAGGCCAAGAGACUGAAAAAAAGACUUUAAUCAAAUGCUUUGUUGUCCAGGAUUUGUUCAUGCAACCACAAUAAGUAUGAUCUGAAUUUCACAGGGAUUUUAUUGUGGUCACAGUUCUGUUUGAUGAUUUAAUGUUACAGCACUUAAGGAUUUGUUUCAUCAGUGCGGAGAAUGAGCGAUGUGCACCACACCCAAACAGCUGUUCAUGAGGACUGAGUGACAAAACGCAUGUGAGAGGGAGUCUAGUAAAUACAUGUUACAACAACACACAACAUGUACAUUUGAUGAGCUGAAUUCGAUGUAUUUUUCUAUGUUUUCAUACAUUUCUGCCCUUAAAUAUAUCAUUUCAUUUGAAUGUAUGCAUGUCUUUCUGAAACUGUAAAUAAAGGUUUUUUUUAAUCAAUAUUGAAUGAUCACGUUGUGUAUGUUCUUCCAGAUUGAUAUUGAUAUUAUUAUUGAAACAGUUUAACAAUCGGAGAGAAAGGAGGUUUCAGGAAGAAGGAGGAAGGUGUGCCUCUCCCUCUAACCCCUCUACAGAUUUGAUUGAUAGCUAUACAAACAAUGAUACAUUGAUUUUUACAAAAGUAGCUCAGAGUUUAUCCUCAUAUAUUAUAAAAUACUCCAACUUUACUUCCUCUUUUUUAAGAGAACAUUUUAAUCUAACAUUUUCUGUUACAAUUAAAAUUAAACUGGUUACAUUAAGCAUGACCUCCAUAUAUAAAUAUAGGAUUAAGCAUAUUAGUGUUACUUAGAAUCUGAUUCAGUAAACUGAAAGAAGAAGAAGAAUCCUCAUGUGUGCAUGUGAGUUGUUGAUCAAAUGUUAAUUGUUCAAAAACAGGUGACUGUGGCCUUCCUGCAGCCUAUUCAGGACCUUCACAUCAGGACUAAUCUCACCUGAAACCAUCUCUCCUCAGAUCCCUAAUUGGGGAAAUUCCUCUGUGGCUCCUUGUGUGUGGAACCCAAUCUCCAUGGCCAGACCGAAGAGGCUUAAAUGAUCCUGCCUUGGAUAAAAUAGAGUCAUUAUAGUCCUAACAGCAGUUUUGGCUCUAUAACACUGCCUCUAUUCAUUUUUGAAACAAUCUGAUUCUCUCUCUACGUCUCUUAGCCCCCUCUCACUAUUUCCUCUUUUUUUUUUUUUUUUUUUUUUUUACAACAUUGUCAUCUGGGACCACAUGGCAUAGUGUGACCAUUUCCCCCAACAUGUCCCUCCUGCUGUCUUCUCACUGCUGAGGGAAACUAUCGAUUAGACCGUCAGACUGAGGAGUGCACAUCUUUCUCCAAAGAAAACCUGCAGCAGGCUUCAGCUCUCCAGCCUUAAAGGACUGACAUCCCUGAAAGGGUCUGCAGAGACAUGGCUCUGCAGGAGCUGGGUAUCAGCCUCUCUAUGAUAGGUGUAGCCGGCACCAUCCUGAUCUGCGCUCUGCCCAUGUGGAAGGUGACGGCGUUCAUCGGCACUCACCUGGUGGUCAUGCAGGUGUUCUGGGAGGGGCUGUGGAUGACCUGCGUCAGCGAGUACACGGGUCAGAUGCAGUGUAAGCUCUACGAUGCCCUGCUGGACCUGUCUCCUGACCUCCAGGCGGCCCGCGGCCUUCUCUGCAUCAGCCUGGUGCUGGGAUGUCUGGGCUUCCUCGUCUUUCUCCUGGGAGCACGCUGCACCAACUGCCUGGGUCACCCGAGGAUCAAGGCCCGGGUGGUGCUGAGCUCCGGGGCCAUCUUCUGCCUCUCGGCCCUCACCACUAUUGUUGCGGUCUCCUGGACCGCCAACUCCAUCAUCAGAGACUUUUACAACCCGCGCGUCCCCGAGGUGCUGAAGAGGGAGAUGGGAGCGGCCAUAUAUAUCGGCUUUGUGACGUCUGGGCUGCUGUUCUGUGGAGGAGCCAUUCUGUGCACGAGCUGCCCACAGCAGAGGGGGCGGUUCAGCUCCAGUGGGUACACGCUGGCCAGGACGGCCACCCACAGCUACGCCAUCAAAAACUAUGUGUGAAGUGAGGACUGCCAGCUGAACACAGAAAACACAAACAAACCAACACUUAAAGUUUUUCUAUGUGAUUUUUCACUCUUAAAUAUAAUAUAAAUCAAGUAUAUCCUCUGAAAAUAACUCUGUGAGUCAUGACUGUCUACAAUGGGUGUAACACCCGAGUCCCACUGUCUGUGAUGUUUUCAGAGUUUUCAGAGUCCUAUCUUCACUUUGUUUACAUCGCCAGGACGGCCGGCUGACUCCUCCCCUCGCGUAUAAAAGUGAAUACGCGGGAAUAUAGUUCUUGAUUCUAAACUUGAUUUUUAUUUUAAAAAAACAAACAAAAAAGUCAAGCAGCGGCACAAAACAGCAGAAUCUGGGUAGCAAAGCCGCACUUCACACCUGCAUGUAUAACAGCCGACGCCUUGAUCGAAUCUUGUGCUACUUUUCUUGUUUUUCUAAUAAACAGUGAGUGACAGGAACAGUUGUGGUUCACAGGGACACGAUUCAAAACUCACUAUGAAAUAGGCAAGGAUAAAAGACCUAUGCAUAGAACAUACUGUACUCACUGCUUAACUGUGUUUCUAGAUCACGCUCAUUUCAGGUAAAUUUACAUGCAGUGUGAAGAUACGAGCAUAAUAAAGAUCGCUAGCAUUAGCAUGCUAACACAACAAUGCAGCGCGAGUUGUUUUGGUUUCAUGCUGGUGCUCAAGGGGCGACAUCUGCUGGAUGAAAAAAAUCACAUAUAAAGCCUUUAAGGAUGAAUAAACUGAACUCUGUGAUCAAUGCAUUUAGCCAUACAUAGCGUUUACAUGCACAGACCACAUACAGGUACUGCAAAACAUGUCCAGACACAUACAAGGAAUGUUAGGUCAGUGACUUAAUAAUACUGAAGUAUGUUGUCGUUUUCCUUCUGACUGACACAGUCAUCAACACAGUUACUUUCAUUCCGUCCACUUUUGUGCCAAUACAACUAUCUACCAGUGUUUUGUGUUUUCUUAUUGUCAUUCCUUCACAUGGGUUUAAAAAUGAGAUGGGAUUAUGAGAAUGAUUUUUAGAUAUUAUUAGAUGAUUAGUGAGUCUGACACAUAAGUUAUAAACUUAUGUUAGAACUUUUUGAAGUAGUAAAUCAUACCAUGGCUUUCUUCUCCUCCUAUAUGAAGAACUACUUUGUUGCAAAAGACAGUUCGAUGUUUUAGUUAUAGCUGAAUGUUGUUGUUUUUAAGAGAAGAAAAACACGAUCAUGUUUUCGUCAUUGUUUUUUUAAAUUUUAAUCAGAGAAAGUUUGUCGUGCUAGAAAACUGUGGCGCCAGUGAAUUUCAAAAUAAACACUGCAAGAGCAAACGUGUGGCAGCUCAAUCUGUUUUUCCGUCAGGAGUCGAGGAA